GCCCCGCCCCAAAAUAACAUCGUCAUCAUCAUCAUCAUCAUCAUCAUAGUCUGAAAUAAAUAUCUGCAGGGCACGAGAGAGGACGCACGCGGACUACCAACCUGCACGCGCCGCGCCGUCGCGUUCGUCCAUCACCUCUGGAUGCUAAUAUGAGGAAGCCUCUGCCGUGCUGAAGGUCAUCUGGAUUCCACUGAUUUACUGGACAAAUAGCAUGCCUGGCAUGCACUAAGCCCAACUGUAGCGUGAAUAUUGAAGCUGAGAAAUCAGCCAUGGCCCGCCUGAGCUCUCAGCGCCAAUGGAGGAAACUUCGUCCUGCUCGGGUUCUCGGCCUCCUCAUCAGUCUUGUAGCAAUAAGUGCAGUGGCUUUCUCAUGGCGCUCUUCUUCUCAGCGAGAGGGGCUACAGAUCCACGUCCCACACAGGACAUUACUGUCCACACACCUGGGUUACCGCGGUAAUCUCUCGGAGGACACACCCGUGGCCAUGCGCUCGUCUGUGGUGUCGAACGAGAGUCAGGGGGACUACCCGACUGACCUGUUUAGCCUGGAAGACCGUCGGAGGGGCGCUGUGGUAAUGCACAUGUUUGGCAUGAUAUACAUUUUCAUUGCCCUCGCCAUCGUGUGCGACGAGUUCUUCGUACCCGCGCUCACCGUCAUCACAGAGAAACUCAUGAUCUCGGACGAUGUGGCGGGUGCCACCUUUAUGGCGGCCGGGGGCUCUGCUCCUGAGCUCUUCACCUCGGUCAUUGGCGUGUUCAUCUCCCACAGUAACGUGGGCAUCGGAACCAUCGUCGGCUCUGCCGUGUUCAACAUCCUGUUCGUCAUCGGAAUGUGUGCCGUGUUCUCGAAGGAGAUCCUAAACCUGACGUGGUGGCCUCUCUUCAGGGAUGUCUCCUUCUACAUCAUUGACCUUAUCAUGCUCAUAGUUUUCUUUCUGGAUAACUACAUCACAUACUGGGAGAGUAUUAGCCUGCUGCUAUCCUACGCUGCCUAUGUGGUAUUUAUGAAGUUCAAUGGGAAUGUAGAGACUCUCGUCAAGAGCAUCACAAACAGAAACCAGGUGGUGGAAGUAGAGGCCCAACCAAAGUUGAGCCCUGGAGGAGUGGAAGAUGACAGCAAACUGUCGGCUAAGCCCCGAAUGCAGAGAGGAGGGAGCUCCGCCUCCUUACACAACAGCUUGAUGAGAAACAGUAUCUUUCAGCUGAUGAUCCAUACACUUGACCCUUUAAGUGAAGAAUUUGCUGACUCUGAGCUGGGGACUUAUGGCAAGCUAAAAUAUUAUCAGUCAAUGACCGAGGAAGGAAAGUUCCGUGAGAAGGCCUCAAUCCUACACAAAAUUGCCAAAAAGAAAUGCCAAGUGGAGGAUUCAAAUGGAGUUGCUGAUAAAAAUCUGCCAAACAGCUCAUGUGUGGAUGUGGACAUGACCCCACCCAUGAACGGCACCGCUGGACAAGAUGGUGAUACAGGUGAAGAAGAUGAUGAGGAAGAUCAGCCUCUUAGCCUCUCAUGGCCAGAGACAGGCCGCAAACGUUGCACGUAUCUCUUGAUCCUGCCCAUAGUCCUCCCUCUGUGGAUUACUCUGCCUGAUGUCAGGAAGCCUAGUUCCAAGAAGUUUUUUCCUAUUACAUUCCUGGGGGCAAUUUGCUGGAUUGCUGGCUUCUCCUACCUGAUGGUUUGGUGGGCUCACCAGGUUGGAGAGACUAUCGGCAUCACAGAGGAGAUCAUGGGGCUGACGAUUCUUGCAGCUGGAACCUCCAUCCCUGACCUCAUCACCAGUGUCAUUGUGGCUCGUAAGGGUCUGGGGGACAUGGCAGUGUCUAGCUCAGUGGGCUCCAACAUAUUUGACAUAACUGUGGGGUUACCGUUUCCAUGGCUGAUGUACUCUUUUGUAAACAGUAUGAGUCCAGUACGGGUGAGCAGUAAUGGUCUGUUCUGUGCCAUUGUGCUACUCUUCCUCAUGCUUCUCUUCGUCAUCAUCUCAAUCGCCGCCUGUAAGUGGAAAUUGAGCAAACUGCUGGGCUUCAUCAUGUUCCUGCUCUAUAUCGUCUUCCUGGUGGUCAGCGUCCUUUUGGAGGAUAAGGUCAUCGUCUGCCCUGUCUCUAUCUAAUGUCCUGUUUCACUCACACUCCUCCGUGAAGCUAAAACCACUUCAUACAAGUAUGUACCUGCUGACUUUACCCCACCUCUGUACAUCUAAUUUGCCUGACACAGUUUUUUAUGACCUCGCUCCAAGUGCACUCGACAAGGAGUUCCUGGCCUCCAUCCCAUCUAAACUACACUUCUCUAAAUCAGCAAGAACUUCUGAAAGAUCCAUUUCUUACUUUAACACAACCCAUUUCUUCGAAUGCAUGCAUAGCGUGUGUUGAUGGGGUUUUACAUGCUAUAAAAUACUGCAAAAAUCAUUUUCAUAAUUUGUAUUUUUGUGUUGUUUUCCAGGAAAAUAUUGAAAUGUCCUAGAUCAGUUUACUUUAAAAGCAAAACUGUGUAAGGUAAUAAGACUUGUUUUCACAUAAUAUGUGUAAUAUGUUUAUUUUCUUAUGCCAUGUUUUUUUUUUUUUUUUUUAGGUUUUAACCAUAAACCUGAAAACAUUUUGAUAGAUGGGUCAUUCUCAUGAAACUUGUGAAGGGAGUACUACUGUGAUGUAAAAAAACACUUUACUGUACAAUUUAUAUAUAUAUAUAUAUAUAUAUAUAUAUUUUUUUUUUAAUUUAUUUAUUUAUUUCAAAUUACGGUAAUAAGAAUAUCAUAAUGGCCCUAAAAAUAGGCUUUAUUUUCUUUAUGUCAAAUAUUAUUUAUUAUUUGUUUCUUUUGAUUUUGGGGUAAAAUACUUUCGUGAGAAUCACCUAGAAUCACCAUUUCAAAAAAUGCCAAUGGUGUAAGAAAUAUAAAGAUACAUUCUUUAAAAACAAGUCUUAAUAUCCACAUGAUUUUGCUUGUCAAGUAAGUUCAUCUUAUUUUAAGGAUGUUCAGGUAUUUUUACUGGAAAACGAGGCCAAAAAUACUGUUUGAGAAAAUUAUAUUUUGCAGUGAGAUGUUCUUAAACUAGGACUGUAACGGUACACCAAACUGAAACUGUUUGAUAGUUGAUCCUAUUGAAAUAUUGGAAUAUAAACUGGGUGAGAAUCACCAACAUAUAUGGUAAAGCCUUAGAUUUUUAUAAAUUAUUUUUCAUUAUUGUUAAUUAUUUAUUUUAUUAUAUAUAUAUAUAUUUUUUUUUUUUUUUUAACCAAA